AUGGCAAAAAUAGGGCUAAGUUAUUUGCUUUUAGCUCUUGUUCUAACAGAGCUAUGCUCACAGCUUGCAAUAGCUGGUUCACCAGUGAAGUUACUUCCAGGAUUUAAAGGACCGCUUCCUUUUGAACUGGAAACUGGGUAUAUUGGAGUAGGUGAUUCAGAAGAUGUGCAACUAUUCUACUAUUUUAUUAAGUCGGAGUCUAAUCCAGAAUCAGACCCUCUUCUACUUUGGAUUACAGGAGGACCUGGUUGCUCUGCUUUAUCGGGGCUUAUCUAUGACAUAGGACCAAUAACUUUUGAGCCAGUGGAAUACAAUGGGAGUGUGCCUACAAUGAAACUGAAUCCUUACUCAUGGACAAAGGUGGCAAGCAUAAUUUUCUUAGACUUACCAGUAGGCACUGGAUUUUCCUAUGCAAGAACUCCAGCAGCUUUACAAUCAUCAAAUUUACAAGCAAGUGAUCAAGCAUAUGAGUUCCUUUACAAGUGGUUCCUUGAUCACCCAGAAUUCUUAAAGAAUCCAUUGUAUGUUGGCGGCGACUCGUAUUCAGGGAUGCUCGUUCCCAUCAUUACUCAAAUUAUAGCAACUAGUAAAACUAUAUUUGCCCUCAUUCUUGUAUUAUGCUCUCACAUUUUGUGGCCUUGUGAUAUGCAGAGAAUAAAAUGGGAAUCAAACCAUUUAUGGAUCUUAAGAUAUAUUUACUCGGAAAUCCAUCGACUUUUAAAGUCCUUGACGAGAAAUUGUAAAGGAGAGUAUCAAAACACUGAUCCAAGCAAUACACAAUGUUUGCAAGAUGUUCAUACUUUUCAAGAGCUUCUGAAAAGAAUUAAUAAUCCCCAUAUUCUGGAUCCCAAAUGUCAGUUUGCUUCACCAAAGCCACACCUAUUGUUUGGCCAAAGAAGAUAUGAGAAGUCUGAUGAACUUAACAAUCCUCAACAAUUUCCUGCGCUAAAGUGUCGCAAUGAUUGGUACAAGCAUUCUACUCAUUGGGCUGAUGAUGGCCAAGUUAGAGAGGCCCUCCAUAUCCGAAAGGGAACUAUUGGAAAAUGGGUAAGAUGUGCAAGUUUGCAAUACCAAAAGACAGUCAUGAGUAGCAUACCAUAUCAUGCAAACCUCAGUGCUAAAGGUUACAGAUCUCUUAUAUACAGUGGAGAUCAUGACAAGGUUGUUAUCUCCCUAUCAACUCAAGCAUGGAUAAAAUCUCUUAACUACUCCAUUAUUGAUGAUUGGCGACCGUGGGUCAUUGACAAUCAAGUUGCCGGUUACACGAGAAGUUACUCAAAUCGGAUGACAUUUGCCACAGUGAAGGGAGCAGGGCAUACUGCACCAGAGUAUAAGCCUCGGGAAUGUCUGGCCAUGCUCAAGAGGUGGAUGUCUUACAAGCCCUUGUAAUCAACAAAUGUAUCAUAAUUUGUAAUCACUGUCAAGAUUCCAUUGGCACAGUUGAAACAUUCAUUUCUUAUUUCAAGGGGAUAGGGUUCUAGUCUAAAUAGAAUAAAAUCAAAGUCAAGGUUCAGGGUAGGAGUAAGGUCUGCAUACACACUAUUCUCCCAGAACCCCAGUGGGA